AUGAUUACGAACGAAGCAUUCCAGAAGUUACUUUAUGAUUUAUUCUGUAUGUGGCAUGGCGUUAGACGUCAUUAUGAUCCACCUAUUACUGAUUCGAAUGAACAACGCCUUUCAAAGGAGUUUUAUGAGGAGUGGACAAUGCUAACGUGGAAUGUGCUGUGUAUUACGAGUCGGCUCCAGAACAGUUUAUCGGUGUGUGUCACCUCUACAGAGGACAAGGUGAUCUUCUCAAGACUCAACAAUGCGCUAGUUGAACUUGUUAACAACUCCAGGGAAUCAAUAUUACCAUCGGUGAUUAUUGCUAACGAUCCGAAUUAUAUGACAUUCUCAGCAUCACUGAGCGAUGCUAUGCACUCAUUACAUACACUUUAUAAGGCGCUGAACGGAACACCAAUUCUAUCGAACACAGAUAUCGAAGGUUUCCGUGUACAUCUUCAGCAAUUCGCUGACGAGAAGCUCAUCCCAUGCAUCGAGUUGUUCAAAAGUUUCUGUAACGAGCACAGUGUUCGUUUAUGGAAUGAUGUACGCGCUGCACAAAUUCAGCGCAUGUGUGACUUUCAACCGAUGCCUGAUCAUCCGGUUACAAGGCUUGUCUCAUUUUAUAGUCAUAUGAUGUAUAUACUUGGUGUUCUUGGUGCACGUCUACAGGGAUUUCGUUAUGAGUUAAUAAUGAACAAGAAAAUGUUCGGUUCAUUUGAUCCAGUUCAACCACUCAGUGAAGCGGUUUUCGCCGCACUCGAUCUGUUAAUGUCGGAUUGCGUGCUUGCCACUGAGCCAUCAACAAACGCGAUUUUGGUAACAAACAAUUUGUUCUCGAUGAAUUGUGGUGCACUUGCUCGUGGAGUUGUUUUUAAAGACUUUGAAAUACAGAUCAUUUCUGAAGAAACAGCUGAGCAGAUCCAGAAUUUGCGUUUACCACAAGAAUUGCAGUCUGAGAUGCGACGUCAAAAAAUGCUGCAACAAGCAUCACCAAUUGGUACAGUGCCGUCGGCCGCAUUACUCGCCAUGAAACCGACAUCAGGAACGAAACGAGCCAGUGGUAACACUCUAACUCAAGGUCCACCACUUAGUUUGACAACUAACGUUUGGUCAACUUCACGUUUAAUCGGCAUUAUGCUAAUUUCAGAACACAGCAGCAGUAGUGCAGCUCAUAAGAAAUCAGAUGUGAAUAGUAAAGAAUGCGUUGUGAUUUAUCCAGUUUACAAUUCCAAGAAUCGUUACUGGGCUGCCACCUACCCGCAUUUAUUGUGUACGACUCGACAGAAAGGGCGACAUUCGGUGAACAGCUCUUUCCAGGAUCUCUCUCCAUCCCAAAUGGAAGGUCGAUCGUCAGGCAAACGCCCUAUCUUCUAUUUCCACAUUCGAGCCACAAUGUUCUCUCCAUCUGGUCAAUUUGCUACCGCACAUACGCUCUCAUUACCGUUUACAAUCGCCACCCGACGCAAUCAAGACUGCCAAGUGCAACGUAUGAUGAGCUCGUAUACAGCAACCUGUUUCUGGCUUUAUGGAAGCAAAGCGCAAGAUGGCCUUCUGUUGAAUUGGGUCGAUGCAGGUCUUGAGUGGGAAAAUUUCAAAAAAUUGUUCAUGCAGCAUUUCAAAGUUAGCGCUGAUGUGUCACGUGGUCUUCAAGAUCGAGACUUCGAUUUGUUACGUUAUAAAUUACAGUGCCAUGAUUGCCAGAUUGGAGAUUUUGGUGCUCGUAUUAAAUCUGCUCAACAAAUCGUCACUUUCAAAAAUGUGCUCUGUCCACAUCUACGCUAUGAAUGCGGCCAUACAAACGUACGUUUCAGCGUGUGGCGGGGUAUGCUGGAAUUGCUGCAAAUUUUUCAGGAUUCUCGCACAAAUGUUCGCAAAUUAUGGGAAAAGAAUAUUCUCAUGGGAUUUCUUGAGUUUGAUCAGGUGGCUGAAAUUUUGGAGUCGCAUCAGUCAGCUCUUGUGAUGCGUUUGUCAUUCGUAACAGGUGGUACAAUAUGUCUAACGGUGAAAUCAAGUGCACAUGCUGUGGGACAAGGUACAACCGCACCAAUACAUUUAGAACCUCUUGAUUUGAAGCGUCUUCAGGCUAAAUGCUUGAAAGAUUAUCUUCGUGACAUUGCUGAUGCUGAGAAGGUGGAAUACAUUGUGAAUGCAAAUCUUGAAUUGGUACGUAUUCGAGAUGUUUUAUGUGAGUUCAGUGAUCCAUCCGCAAGUGGUGACGAUGAGUUGGUGAGUCGAGAUAUUUCAUCAAAUGUCACACAUUCGGGCGAUAUCGAUGCUAUGCAACAUAUCAGGUUCACAGCAAUGCGUAUUGCGGUUGUAACCUGCAAAUUGAAGCCACCAAGCAGCGAUUAUUCGAUUGAAUUAGAUAACAGCGUUGCACACGAUAAACGAAUCGCACGUGCUCACACUUUCUCGAGACAUUUUCCCGUCAGUUCGCACUCAAACGAUGAUUUCGUACGAGAACUCACACAACUCAUGAAUUUUUACGUGAAAAAUAAGCAGGAUGUAAUUGAUGCACUGGACUUGGUGCGUUCCGAAAGCUUGCUGGCAAGUACGGUGUCACACAACGGCGGUGGCAGUAGUGGUUGCAGUACGGCACCGUCGCUGGCAUCUCAUUCGUGUACUCCAUCGCCUCUCGGCACUUCGUACAUGCUUCCAAAUGGUAACAGCAAUAACAAUAGCAACAUACCAACCCCGUCGAUCAGUCCCAAUCCUUCAUCUCAUAUCGCUGCGCAAACUCUUUAUGACCCUUCUCCGGUUCCACAGCAACAGCACAACAACAAUGCUCUUAUGGAUUCAAUCCAAGAUUCAACCAAUCACUUCAGUUACACCACUUAUCAAUAA